AUGGCCAAGAUGCGGGGAAUCCUGAUUCUGGGGCUCCUACUGGCUACCCCCAGCUGCCUCGGCUACUUGGAGGACCUGGCCAAGUGCUUUCGGGACCCCGAAUAUGAGUCCAGUCUUGUCACCGCACAGGAGGGACUCCACAUCUCCCCGUUGCCCAAGCGCGUGGUAGUAGUGGGAGCUGGUAUGUCAGGCCUGGCGGCAGCCAAGACCCUCCAACACGCUAGCCACCAGGUAACCAUCCUGGAAGCCAGCCACCACAUCGGGGGUCGAGUCAGCACAUUCAGGAACGAGGAGGAGGGCUGGUACAAUGAACUGGGACCCAUGCAAAUCCCAAAGUCCCACAGGCUGGUUCAUACCUACGUCAAGAAGCUUGGCCUGAAGCUGAACAAGUUCAUAGCAUAUGAUGGCAACACCUGGUACCUCAUCAAAGGACAACGCUAUCGCACCAGGGAGGUCCAGGACAAUCCAGAGGUCCUGGGCUAUUCCAUGAGCCCAACGGAAAGGGGCAAAAGCCCUAUGAAUCUCUUCUACCAGUCCAUUGCCAAGCUCAAAGAAAAUCUGAACAAUUUCAACUGCGGCCACCUGUUGUCCUUUUAUGAUUCUUACUCCACCAAGGCUUACUUGGUGAAGGAAGGGGAGCUGAGUGAAGGAGCAGUAAAGAUGAUCGGGACUGUGAUGAAUGAGGAUUCUGGAUACUAUAAGUCCUUCCUAGAGUCCCUGUGGAGUAGCUUCAUCUUCUCCAAAAGUAACAACUUUUCUGAGGUCACCGGUGGCUUCGACCAGCUCCCCAAAGCCCUCAGCGCUAGCCUGAAGCCUGGCACCAUCCACCUGGGCUCCAACGUGGAGACGGUAGUGAGGGAUGGGCCUGAGGUCCGGGUCUCCUACCAGGUGGGCAAGUCCAGGUGGGCACUGAACACGCUCACCGCGGACUUUGUCAUCAUCACGGCCUCAGCCAAGGCCACGCGCCUCAUCACCUUUAAGCCACCGCUCUCCCCAGACAAGACGGAAGCACUCCGCUUGGUGCAUUACACCAGUGCCACCAAGGUGAUCCUGGCCUGUGAGGAGCCCUUCUGGGAGCGGGAUGGCAUCCGGGGUGGGGUCUCUGUCACCGACAGGCCCUCGCGCUACAUCUACUACCCCAGCCACAGCUUCCCCAGCGGCAAGAGCAUCCUGCUGGCCUAUUACACCGUGGACGAUGACUCCCUCUUCUUCACAUCCAUGACACACGAGCAGAUGGAGGAUGUGGUCCUGGAGGACCUGGCGGCUGUGUACCAGAUAGCCAAGGACGAGCUGCCGCGCAUAUGCCCCUCCUCCGUGGCUAAGCGCUGGUCUCUGGACCCCUCCACCAUGGGCGCCUUCACUGAGUUCACACCCUACCAGUUUAUCGACUAUUCACAGGAGCUUUUCAAGCCUGAGGGCCGCAUCCACUUUGCAGGCGAGCACACCAGCCUGCCCCAUGGGUGGAUAGACACUGCUAUCAAUUCCGGCCUGCAAGCGGCCAGGAAUAUCCAGGCUGCUGUGGAUGAGGAGGCCACGGGAGAGUAG